AUGCAGGCGGACGACUUCGUUCUGUUUGACGAUCCCAACAGGGAUGAUACCCACAAUGCAUCGCAGCAAGUGCCGGGGUUUGGCGACCUUGGCUCGGUAAAACCUUCUUUUCUUCAUCAUCGCAGUGACGCUACAGACACUUCGCCGCUUGUUGAAGAGGCCGCACCCUUUCAGUUUCCCGCCUACACUGGCGCCGAUCCCGUCCUCAUGCAGCGCAGCCUCAUGCAAGCGAAUUCCCACGCGUUUGGGAACGUGCAAGAACGUGGGAGCACACUGGACGGCACCUCACCAACACUCACCUCACUGCAGCAUCCAUCCAGCGGGACACUCGGUGCGCCCCUGACCAUGCUGUCGCUCCAAGGCGACGACACAGCGCGUGCUGAGCACGACGGCCCAUUGUUUCCCAGCACUGGCCUGCACGGCACACCCCCCAUCCAAAACAUGACCCGCACUGCCGAACCAUCCGCGUCGCAACCCAGCACCGUACUUAAAAAUGAUACACCCAAAGCGCCACCCGCAAAAGACAUGUCUUUGCUAGAAGGUAUGGGCUCGCAGCAAGGCGCGCCGUUUGAAUGGGCACCCAAUUCGCAGCAAGGGACGCAAAACCUGCACCACUGGAAACAGUUCUGGAACCGCGGGGGAAUCGACGAUAAUAUUUUGCACGCCAGCGAUCCGUCCAACCACCCACCACCGCAGCCGAACGGAGAUAAACUAACCGUAUCGCCUCGUGACUUGUACUUGGGCUACGACGAGCAUACCCAGCGACCCAGCAAGCAACCCGGCUCCCUAUUCUCCUCCAAGCGUAACGCAGACAAUGAAAGCGCCCUGUCAUUUACGCCUUUCGCCACGUCGAGCGCCAUGGAGACUGGAUCGAGCACAGAAGAGGAAGACGACGAGGACGAAAAGCCGUUUCCUCCCGGCGCCUACGCGGGAACUACCAUCGGCACGAAUGCACCCAACGAGAAGCUGCUUCAGCAAUGGAGCCGGUCCAUGUACGGACCAUCGCACGCUGCACUGCGCAACCCGAUGGAGGAUCCAGACAGCAAAGCGUGGUCGACGAUUGGGCCGUCUUUUUCGCAAGUCUCCACGUCAAGCGAAUCGGACGACGAGGGUUUCGAUCGCACGAUCCGCAGCACGAGCCCUGCACGUCGCAAAUACCCCGACAACACCAACCACACGACACCCGACGCCAUGAGCGGAUACGGCCAUAUUCCGGGCAGCCAAUGCAGUCAAAUGAGCGUCAGCACGGAAAGUGACUCGGUUCCUGGCUCGCAGAUGUCCGAGGGCGAAAAUAUGAUCAAGGAGGGCCGCGCACGCAGCCCCUCGAUUUUGAACAGCGCCCAAGCGAUCCACUUUCCUGCACAACGCUCCGACCAGCCCAUGCACGCGUCUGUGGAACGCGGCCAAACAACGCCGCCGCUUACUUCGAAUUUGGAGCGUACACGCCAAUCCGGGGGCCAUUCGCGACGCCACGAGGAGAACUCUGGACAGAGCUUGAAGCAGAAUACAGCAGAACAGUCGGCCCUGCUGAGCUCUGCCACUUCGGAGCAGUCCAGCGCGGACGAAGACGAGUCUGAUUACGAACAAACAGUCAUGCAACAUAAUGCGUCGCGCACAACUUCACGCCGGGGUCGGCCCAUCAGGACAGGGCAUCGGUCCGCAGGCUCUACAUCCAGCUUGCAGAGUCAUAUCAACAACCACCUAGCGCACGGCUCGCCGACAAACCAUCAUCGCGGCAGCCACCACCAUACCAUGUCGUCCAGCUCCUCAGCGAUUCGCUGCGACUAUGUGAAUCCUUUUACGUACCAGGCAUGUGGUACAAUAUUCCACCGAAUGUACGAUCUUGCGCGGCAUCGCAUUACGCUGCACUUGCGCGAAGAAGCGCAGAUGGUCAAGGAUAAUGUGCUCAAUGUCGACCAAUGCGUUAUUCUCGGCAAGGAAGUGGACGUACAAAAGGCACUCGCAGAACUUGAAUGGGCUUGCCGUGAUAUCUUUCACGCGCCAGUGGCGAUUCGCGAGUGUGGGCACCUGUUUUGCUCUUCGUGUAUACGUAUGCACAUCAACCAAGCGGGUGGGGCCGGGGCAUUUUGCCCGAACUGCCGCCAGAAAAAAGCGUACGACUCGGAGCUUGUAUCGCAGACUGCAUUGGAGGCCACAGCAGAGCAGUGGCGUGCCGCACGACCCCAUGUGAUGGAGAAAAAGAAAGCGCUGGAUGCACUGGUCAAGGAGCGGGAUGCGCUGCGUGCGCAGCUUGAACAUAACGUAACAAUGAGUGUACACGGUACAGAAAAACGCGUCGCGCCGCCUGCGGAAGAAACGCGCCGCCUGCGGCCACGCACAGGGGGAAUGGAUUACCGCGAUUUAACGGCGGCAGAUGCGGUGCAGUGCCCUAUUUGCGCAGUGUCCUUUACUGCAGCGGAACUGAAUGCGCAUUUAGACUUUGGAUGCGAUCCGUCGCAGCCGCCGCCCGCGCCGCCCGUGCCGCCAGACCCAUUUGCGAACGCGAAGCGGCUUACAAGACCACAGUACCAGCUGAAAUCCGAACGCGACUUGCGCAAGAUGCUCGCAGUUUUGGAUUUGCCUGUGCAUGGGAGCAAGGAGCGGCUAAUUGAGAGGCACAGGCAGUGGGUGAAUCUGUACAACGCGAACCUCGAUGCAUCCGCAGCGCAUCGCGAGUCAGCGUCAAAACUUCGACGUCAGCUAAGUGCAUGGGAUCGCGCGCAAGAUGAAGCUGCGUCGCACCACAAGGAACGACUUGUCACGAAUGGACGACAGUACAAAACAUGGCUGAAUACCCACCGCUCACAAUACCACGUCCUUACUGCACAGGCGCGGACGUCCCUCGAAAAACCGGACGAUGCGAAGGCGCUGCCCGAGCCGCGCAGCCCGGAAUCUGUUCAUUUUAUGCAAGAGAAUAUCCCAUCGAGUCACGAAGUAGCGCAGCUGGGCACGAGCUUGUUUAUGUUUGGCAUGGCUUUGGGCUCGCUCUUAUGGGGUCCGCUCAGCCAGUCGCUUGGGCGCCGGCCUGUAUUCCUCAUGUCACUACUGGGUGGCACACUGUUUAACCUAGGAGUAUGCCUCUCUUACUCUAUGCCGUCUCUUUUGGUGUGUCGCGCAUUUGCUGGCGUCACUGCCUCUGCCACAUUUUCCAACAUUGGCGGUAGCAUUGUGGACAUGACGACGGAACGCACGCGAAUUCCCUACAACACCAUGUUCCGCUUCUUUACUUUUUUGGGGCCGCCAUUGUCCGCGCUACUUGGUGCCAUCGUUGUUCACGAUGCAGACUGGCAGUGGAACUUGCGGUCGAUUCCCAUUGCCAUGUUCGUUGUUUUUGCGCUGUACACAUUGACCGUGCCCGAGACGCUCAUGUCCGUCUUGGAGCGCUCACACUCGGUCAACAUAGCAAAUCAUGACGAAGGCAUGUUAGAACUUGCAGAGAACUGGGUAUUUGCAGUGCUUCCGAGCCGCGCGACAUUAUCCCUUGUCGCUACACAAGUCCGCAAAUCGCUCCUCAUUCCCUGGGUGCUGCUGCUCGAGGAGCCGAUUGUAAUGGUGAUCUGUUUCUAUACGUCCAUGCUGUACGGCCUCUUGUACGGCUCGCUUCUUUUCUUCCCGCAAAUUUGGCACGAUAUCCGAGGGUUUACGCCUGUGCAAGUAGGGUAUACCUACUUUGCAGUCAAACUGGGCCUGCUCCUUUCUGCCAUCAUUGUGGGAUGUGGGAUCCAAUUUUUUGAUUAUCUCCGCGCAUACGACGCAGGGAAACAUUCACCAGAGCUUCGACUUCGCUCGGGGGAGUGGUCGAACUUGUUUGUCCCGGUCGGCUUUUUCAUUUUUGCAUGGACUGCGCCGUUUACCCAUGUGCACUGGAUCGGUCCUUGUAUCGGCAUUGUCCUGUUUUCGUUUGGCAUGCUUUCCGUGUUUAAUUCCUGGAUGGCGUACCUCACUGAUACGUACAGCAACAACACCGCUGCCGUCAUUGCGAUCAACUCGUUUUUUCGCUGCUGCCUUGCAGGCGCAUUCCCAUUAUUCACGAACCAGAUGCUUUCGGCCAUGACUGUACAAGGCGCAAUGAGCAUGUUUGCAGGCGUCUCGAUACCACUUACCAUCGCUGGCUAUUUGUUUGGCAUCUAUGGUGGGCGAUUGCGCAAACACAGCAAACACGCCGUCUACGGAUAA